AUGGAGCAACAUUCUGGCGACGAAGCUACGGACUCCUUUUGCAUUCGGUGCAUCGCUACCACCUAUCUCUUCGAGAGGUGCCUUUGUGCAGCUGUCUUUUGCGUUUGCAUCUUCCACGUGGCCUCAUUCGGCCAGGGAUUCAAGGCAAACCCGCAUGUAAUGCGAAACGAGUAUCAGUUCGCCUGUAUUCACAAUAUGAUGUGUGGCAUCACCGAAAUCGACUGGGAUUCCUCUUGGGUGAUCCCCGCCUUUACUCUGAUUUGGAAGAACCGCUCGGAGACUACUGAGUAUGCUGGUACUGCCUGGCCAAGCGCGACUGGGAGAGACGAAUGCCUCGCGCUCUGCGAGAAGAACCACAGCUGCACAGGAUACUCUUGGCGCGGAUGGCUGCAGGGACAUCAUAAUUUCACCGAUUGUCUUCACUGGCAGCAUGGUGCAUGCAACGUGUCAUCUACCCUUGGACAGCUCUGGAAAAGCUGCAAUGGCUCGAAUUGCACGACUUGUACAAGGAUGCGCAGUGAGAGAGUUCGCAGCCUGCAAAUGCUGAGGGCUGCAGGGGUGUAA